CAAAAACUUGAUCAGAAAUCAGACGAAAUUAAAGUUCAAUUGCAAUUCCUGUCGUUGUAGAGUCAAAAAAAUCUGAAAUUUUCUCGUAAUUUGUCUCCUGAAGUGGCUUAAAACCAAUCAAAAGUGAAAAACUUUCCCCCGAAUCAUCGGAAAUUCCAUAAAAUUACGAAAAUCGGGUUUAUUUACAUCGCGAUUUCUUCAUCGUUCAUUCGCAUUCAGUGCACACACAUAAAUUACUCGAUACUUUUGCACACUCACUCAACAAAAUUAUCGGAGAAAUAUGAGACUGUGUCGCCUCGUUUCACCACCACUACCCAACCAGAGUUGAGAUUCGCUGAUAUUUCGUCAAAAAAAAAAAACACAAAAAUUUAUUUUAGAAGAGUUGCGAAAGAUGAUUUCCGACCAAAGUUCAAUGAGCUCGUCGGCAUCCAGCACGAACGGGACUCCGCGACGGGAAUUUCGAACGUCGUUGCAGCAGUAUGAAUCUGAAUUUACAAAUAUUUGCUCACUAGUUGAUAACAAAAAGCUGCAUGUCUUGCGUCGCGUCAGUGUCGAAGGUAAUCUCAAAAGUUCCAAAUUCCGCAGCAUUUAUUGGGCCAUCUUUCUGGAUGUCUUGCGCGACACUUCGGACACGUGGAAGGAGCAAAAAGCCGAACAGCGUUUCGCUUACGAGAGUUUAAAGCAGCGAUUUUCGCUAAAUCCGCACAUAAAUACGGCCACGAAAGACGAUCCACUGUCGCAGGACGAGCUAAGUGUGUGGAAUCAGCAUUUUUGUGAUCAGGAGUUGCUGGCUGUGAUUCAACAGGAUGUCGUGAGGACCUUUCCGGGUGUCGAGUUUUUUCGCAAAGAUGCCAUUCAGGAGAUGAUGUUGAAUAUUCUUUUCACCUAUGCUCGAAAAUAUACGUCCAUGGUGUAUCGACAAGGCAUGCACGAAGUCCUGGCACCGAUAAUUUUUGUCGUGCACAGCGAUCAACAAGCUCUAGUCCAUGUGAAGGAUCUCGUGCCAACCGUCAACGAACUGAUUGUCUACCUCUUGAAUCCAGAUUACAUUGAAGCGGAUUGCUUCGAAAUAUUUUCCAAAGUAAUGGACGGCAUUGAAUGCUAUUACAAGAUCAAUGACUUGAUCCCCUCCUCUUCCGGGCAUUUUCCGACAGGACCUCUCUCACAAAAUACUUCCGAAAAGAGUAGUCCAAAGUCACCAACAGAAUCUGUGAAAGUCUCCGAGUUGGAAGUAAUUCAACAAUUGAACACCAUCAAGGAUCAAAUCCUUGCGAAAGAAGACCCAAAAUUACAUGAACACUUGCUGAAACUCGAAAUUCCUUUAUCUCUCUUCGGCAUUCGAUGGCUCCGGUUGCUUUUUGGACGGGAAUUUACUUUGCACGACCUGCUCGUUGUGUGGGAUGCAAUUUUCGCGGAAGAUGACAAAUUUGACUUGAUCAAUUAUUUGACGGUGGCGAUGUUGAUUUGCAUUCGAGAUAAGUUAAUUAACAGCGAUUACACGACAACCCUCACACAUCUCAUGAAAUUUCCCGCAAAUGCCGACGUUGGUCUCAUAAUCCGUCAUGCGCUGCACUUUUGCAAGCCCCAUGUCUACGAUAGGCCUCCCGGAGUAUUUGUUAAGUCCACAAAAAAAGACAAACCAGCUCCCGGAAAGCCAACACGAGUCGCCUCCGUACCCGGAAAGUCAAAUUCUUCAACGCUUCCUCGUUCAUCGCGUCGACAAUCAGCUCCCCAGCACCGUCGAGUCCCCUCCGCACACGUAAAUUCCAUAAAUCGCAUCAACGGCAUCCAAAAUAGUGCUGCGAUCGCCGCUUUAACUGUCGCUGCCCAGUCCCACAACCUCGAUACCGACUCGGAAAUCGUCGACGGUUACUUGGAGAACGAUCCGGAAGUGAUAAAGCUGGAAUUGCAACAUGCCUACAACCUCAUGUCUGUGACGCGAACGAAACUUUUGCAAUAUCUCGCGGUUUUGCGGCGAAAUUUGAGCGAUUCGCAUGCCGACGAGGUGCACCAAUCGAUCGAAGGCAUCGAAGAACUUUGUUCCUUACUAAAACCCAAAAAUCCGUACGUUUUUUCGAUGGAAAGUGUCGAAUCGGGCAUCGAACCGGCAACAGAAGCGAAUGAAAUUAGUCCACGACUGACGCCGAAUUCGACAUCGACGACCCCAAAUCGGCUCAAAACGCGAGCGGCGAAUCAUGUCGCCAACGAUUUAACUCCCUCGGCUGUGAAUCCCAAGUUACUUCAGUUGAGCCGCAUGAAGGAAGUGGAAAUGCGCGUUUUUAAUCGCAUGGAAAAUGUCGCCGAAUUUGACUUUACAAAGUUGCCAAGCAUCGAUCCGGCGCUCGAACGACGAAAUUCCCAAUGAGACGGCAUCAAAUGUCGCUCUUGCCCCCAUUUUUCGUGCAUUAUUCAGAACAAAUCUAUAAAAAAAAAUAUUAUAUCGAAUAAAGUUUUAUAUUAUCUA